GAUGCCACCCACCCCCACGACCUGCUGCCACUCGGACCGUUCUCUAGUCUCGGGAUCCAUAUGGAUGGACGAGUUCCUUGGUGGUGGUCGCGCCCGACGGGAGGAGCUCGCCACACCGCAGGAAUGGAGACGGGGAGACAAGGAGGAAGAGAUGGUUCUCGCUGCUUGUGUUGCUGUUGCUGGUAGUCCACCCAGAGCUGUUGUUGGCCGUCUUCCGGCGACCACCUCUCCGAGCUCCUGCUGCCCAACAAGCUGCUGCCCUAUCCGUGGCCGCGGUUUUUGGUGCCUCGUUGUUGCAUACCGAAACAUGGUGUUCCUUGGUCAGCACCACUUUGGCUGCCAGCAUGCCUUCCCUGGCUUCUGA